CUAUAUAAGUAUAUUUCAUAUUAUGAAGAAACCAAUAUUUGAUGUUAUAUUUCCUAACCAAUAUAGAAAACAGAACUCAUAUUUGGCAUGUGACACUUGACAGUGACAUUUAAGCCGGGUAUUUACCGAAACAUGUGAAAUUCGAAAAUUUUUGGACAAAGAUAGACAGUAUUUAUGAAAUAAGUCUUCGAGGAAUUAAUUCUGGAUAAGAAAUUGUCCCACAAAUCAACAGUGUUAACUGAAUAUUUUUAGGUUAUAUUGACUAAAAUGAUGUUACGAAACUUUUUUACAUUGCGAGCCUGUUUAAAGAAGAAGUUUUUAGUGACUGAGAAUAUUUUUAAUUUAAGCAAUCAAUUACGAAAUUACAAUGGUAUUAUUUGUAAUAGAUCAUCAUAUUUUACUAUUUUUAAUGAAAACCGUUCACAAAGAAUACUAUAUAAUUUAAUAAACCAAAGAUGUUACUGCAAAGAACCGCCAGAUGCAUCUGAAGUGUUGAGACAUGAAAAAGAGUUAAAGAAACUAACAGAAAUAUUUCCACAACCAAGAGUGACUCUGAACGAACUACAGACAAAAACACCUGAUAAAAUAUUUGAAAUACAAUUCAAGCAGAAUGUGGUCACACCAAAAGGGAAAGGAAAGAAGAAGAAGGCUAUUCAAAACAAUGAUUGGCACUGUACUUAUGUGUUUACGUGGCCUGAGAAAAUUAAAUUUGAGAGCACAGCAAUAUCAAAACGUCAAGCGCAAGAGAAAGCAGCCACGCUGGCCCUACACUGGUUGUAUAUAAACAAUAGAAUAGAUCAAAAUGGAACACCAGUGUAUGACAAGAAAGUUCUCAAUGAUCUACGGAGUACACUCAAUGAGCAGAUACGAGUUACUAUCAGUGAUAAAUCAGCAGAACGGAUUGAGAAGAUAUGGACUGAAUAUGAAAGUAGAAUAAGGGACAUUUACGAAGACACAUUCAAAGAGGCGAGGCAAAGGUUAUCAGUUAGCCCGGUGGCUUUAAACAAAGAUUCUACUAUUGAUGAAGACGAUUUCUCGGAGAAUGAUGCUGAUUCAAUGGCAGAAGAAACAGAUAUAUCAGAAACAAAAACGAAUGUACACCCAGUCUUUGGCAAAUAUAUAACACCGCCUACACAAUCAGCCAUACAGAGGCGGGAGAGAGCGUUGGAGAGGAUAUUUGAUAAAUACAAUGAAGAGCUAACACCUCUGCCGAUUGACGAGUAUGCUGAACAAAUAACCUCAACGCUCGAUAACAAUCGCGUAGUGGUCAUAGUAGGGGCAGCUGGGUGCGGCAAGUCGACUCGCGUGCCAGCCGCUGUCCUGCGCCACUAUGGAGCCAGCAUGACAGCGGUAGUGUCCGAGCCGAGGCGAGUGGCUGCCAUCGGUCUCGCUGAGCGAGUUGCCAGUGAAUUAGGAGAGGAUGUGGGAGACUCUGUAGGGUAUCAAGUUCGACUCCAUGCAAAGCCGCCGAGGCCACCUGGAGGCGCCAUACUGUAUUGCACCUCUGGCGUGCUGCUGAGAAGAUUGCAGGCGAAUCCAGGUCUGCAGGGCUGCUCGCACGUGUUCAUAGACGAGGCUCACGAGCGUGACGUCAACACCGACGUCACGUUGCUGCUCCUCAAGCGGGCGUUGGACGUCAACGAUCACUUGAAGGUGGUUGUUAUGAGCGCCACGCUGGACGUCGGCGUGUUUACUAAAUAUUUCGACCCGUGCCCAGUCAUAGAAGUGCCGGGACGCACGUUCCCAGUGGAAGUGACGCAUUUGAAGGACAUACAGAAAAAGUUCAACCUAAACCUGCCCAACACUCUUCAGAACAGUGGCGAGGAAGCGAGGAAACCACAAAUCAACUGCCAAGAGGUAGCGGAAGUAAUAAAAGCAGUGGAUAAGAGUGAGAAAGAAGGCGCGAUACUAGUGUUUCUCCCGGGUUGGUCUGAGAUAAAACAAACCAAGGAACUGUUGGAGGCUCACUAUGGAGAGUCCAGUUUGCAUUUGAUCUUACCUGUGCAUUCUAGGUUGUCUACAACAGAUCAAGCCAAAAUGUUCAGCAAGCCGCCACUAGGCAUCAGGAAAAUAGUCCUAGCGACAAACGUAGCGGAGACUUCCAUAACAAUACCUGAUGUUGUGCACGUUAUAGACUCCGGGGCGCAUAAGGAGAACAGAAUUAUGGAAAAUACGGGGACAGCUAGUCUGGAAACAGUGUGGGUGUCGCAGGCAGGCGCUAAGCAAAGAACAGGGAGAGCGGGACGAGUGCAGCCGGGUCAUUGCUACAGACUCUACACUAAAGAGAAAGAGGCUGAGUUCGCUGAACACACAACGCCUGAAAUAUUGAGGAUACCUCUAGAACAAACAGUAUUAGACUGUAAGUCGUACGCCCCAGAGGAUAAGGUCGAAGAUUUCUUGUCACAAUUACCCGAGCCGCCGACGCGACAAGCGAUCAGAUUUGCCGUCAACGAUCUUGUGGAUUUGGGCGCCCUGACCCCCUCCGAGCGUCUGACCCGUCUCGGGACUCUCCUGUCCCGCCUCACGCUGCACCCGCGGCUGGGCCGCAGCCUGCUGCACGGCGCCGUGCUGGGGGCCGUGGUGCCCGUCGCGAACGUGCUGACGCACUGCGCCGACCACCUCGAACUGUUCAGGAACGCGCCCGACAGGAGAGAUGAAGUGAGGUCGAUAAAACGCAAGUACAGCGCGACGUCAGACCAUUCCGCACUCCACUGGAUACAGGAUGAAUUCGAGCUGAAGUUAGAAGAAGACGGCUGGAGUGGGGUCGACGCCUGGUGUGAGAGGUACGGGAUCAGGAAGGAACGACUGGGAUAUGUCAGAGCUCUCUCCAGUCUUCACCUGCAACAAAUACUAAAGUCCAGCAUAAUAGACCCAGCGUCAGAUGUGCAGGAGUUGAACCGGUUCUGCGAUAUAGAUCAGUUGUACAGCGCUGUGUUACUGUCCGGCGCGAACGCACUCGUCACCAGCAGGAGGCGUGUGAAGACCAAGGGGAAGCUCGCUACUGUCACGGAAUUGUAUACCAGUGCGGGGGACCGCGUGCACAUCUCAAGCGACAGUGUCAACCACAACGUCAUCAAGGGGUCUCCCAAGGCCCACAUCCUGUCGUACUUCGGAGGUCACCACUCGGUGGAGCGGCGCGCCCUGCUGGUCUCCAAGAGUUCGCAGGUCACACCACACGCGGUGCUCCUGUUCGCACCUGGAGUUGUACAUAGUUGUGUAGAGGAGAGUAAUGAAGACACCACGAUUGUAACAUUGCCAAAGCACAAAUUAAAUAUAUAUUUACCUACUAGUCACGCAGAGAAAAUCUUAAAAGCCAGAGAGAUGUUGUGGAAAACAUUCCAGUAUUACAUAGAAAGAGACUUCCAAAGCGUAGAGUAUGAUGAAAAUACCGCAAUAUCCGAGUUCAAAGUGCAGCUUGUCAAAGUAAUUGGAAGGAUAUUGGUCGAAGCACAUACAGACUACAUAGAAGGGAAGAGCAAUAUUGAAUAUGUAAGCUGAAAUAAAUGAUAAAAUAUA